UAACAUUGCUCUAUGAUCACGGGGUGAAAUAAUGCGAAGACCAAAUUUAAAUAAAGAUAAGGAGAAAAGCAAGUAACCAAUAUAUCAACUAAUUCAUUGAUUAUCUAGGGGGAAAUUGUUCAUUGAGAUUUUCAGAUACCUAUACGAAAAGUAUGUGAUAAGUUGAUGAGAACCUCAGCCAUCUUGGGUGAAAAGUCAAAACUUGGUUGUCGGUGCUGGUGGAAAAUACACCAAUUAUUUGAAUGCGUUGCAAUAGAUCAAAUAGUUUUUUGCUCUAGAAGUUUGAGCGAGUAUUCAGAAUGGAGGUGAUAAGAAUUGCAUUACGGAGAACAAAUUUAAUAUACAAGGCUAGCAUUCCGGCAUCUUCUCGAAAUUUCAGCAGAUGUAGCAGCUACAGUAGUAACAGAGCAACAUCAACUAUACCUCAGGAGGCUGUAUUUUUGAGGGAUGGCGAAUCUGCCAAUAGUUUGAUAGAUACCCAUGACAUUAAACCAAAGGAUGAUCAAAUCUUUAAUGCUCUCGGAGCAACAGAUGAACUAUCAUCCUAUAUUGGGCUGGCGAGAGAAUUCGCAUGCGAGAGUAACGUCCAACAUCCCUAUGUAGAUAAGUUGAAAAGGGUACAGAUGGUCCUCUUUGACUUAAAUUAUGCAAUAUCUAAAUCAACUCCUGGAAAGACAAAACAAUUUGAAAAUAAGCACACCAAAGAUCUCGAAGAGUGGAUUCUCGAGUAUACGAAUCAACUACCCCCAGCAGAAGAUUAUAUUAUACCUGGUGGAGGCAAGGCUUGUGCUUCCUUGCACGUUGCAAAAACAAUCUGCAGACGUGCAGAAAGAAGUGUGAUACCAUUGGUGAGAGAUGGAGCUCUAGAUAGCGAGGCUCAAGCCUACCUGAACCGACUGUCAGAUUUUCUCUUGACCAUAUCCCGUAUUGCAGCAAAGUGUGAUGAACGUACUGAAAAUAUUUAUAUUCCGCGUGCUGAAAUCAGUGAGGAAAAGUAGUGGGGUAUUUACUUGUGUCACUCUUCAAGAUGUUCCUACGUACACAAUUUUAAUUUAACGAAUAUGAGCAGAAAAUCAGGAAACGUUCCUCAAAAAAGCGUGUGCUGCUGAAUUGAAUUUGAGACAUAGGAACAAUCUUCUUCAAGGCCGACGAAUCCAUGAAAUAUACCACUCUUUAAUUAGUCGUGUUGAACCAGCAAGAGUAAUGCUGGGUUUAGAAAACAUUAUCAGAGUAUCAAAGUAGUUGAUAUCCAGUGUAUGAAUAUCAAAAAUUACAUCAAGUUCAAUGCAUUUUUGAGUCGUGCCAACAUUAUUUUUAAAUGUGUAGUAAUCACAACUUGCAAUGGAUGAUCAAUGAUCCAACCUCAAUUAUGUUACAUACGAUUUUCAUUGAAUAGAUUCACGGAUAUUUCAUAAAUGAUUGUUGAAAAUGGUAAAGUACUAGUAUAGUCGAGCUUUGCUAAUUGACGAGAUGUAAUAGAGGAAUAAACGUGUAAAUAGAG